AUGUCGACAGCUCAAUCUUCUGCUUCUCAACCUUAUUUUACCGCUGUAUCCAACGCGUCCGCCAUACAGUCUAUCGUUGUCGAUGCUGGAAUCGCGAAUCCUCGCUCAGAGCCCCCCGAUCUUCAAUACCCUUUUGCUUCGGAGCCGGCCGACCCUCCAGCCGACCCUCCAGCACCUGCUUACGCCCUCACGCACUCCGGCCCAGCAGAGGUAGUCCAAACUACGCCUGUGUCAUGCACGUAUGGCGCCUUUCGUGUUUGGCGCACGUUGGGAGAGGGCACGUACGGCGUGGCGAUGGGAGCUCAAGACGUAGCGUCGAAUCGCUUGUUGUGUCUCAAGGUCUUUCCAAAGCACCAUCUUGAGCGCAAAGCCAGGAAAUGUGUUCUUCUGAACGAACUCGAAGCGUACAAGCGUCUUUCACGCGCUUUACCGUGUCCCGCGGCUAGAUUUCUCAUGGGGCUCGAGAUGUCGUUCCAGACCAGGGACAAAAUAUGUUUUGCAAUGGACCUGAUGGCGAGCGACCUUUAUAGUUAUUUGCAACGUCAACCUACGUACUGCAUCCGCAAUUCUGGUAGGUGGGUUGCGCAAAUGACCCUUGGGAUCAACACUCUGCACGAGAUGGGAAUCAUCCACCGGGACAUCAAAGCCGGGAACAUCCUGAUCGAUUCUCGAGAGAACGUGCGCAUCACCGACUUUGGCGUGAGUUAUGUAGACAAAAACGAAGGACCCUUGGACCGACAGCGGAAUUAUUGUUCGCAAGAGGCUGGAACGACGCACACCAUGGCACCGGAGGUCCUGCACAACGGAUCCGAUUCCCGUCCUUUGAAGUACGGAGCACCCGCAGACUGGUGGUCGUUAGGCUGCGUCAUCUACGAGCUUAUUUCGAAGAAGCAUAAGGCACGUUUUGAGUCUUCUUUCGCUGCUAUCUUACUGAUAUCAUCUCGUCAGUCACUCUUUGUUACAAAGGACGACAUACGUUCCUACGUUUCUUGGUGCUCCAGUCGCGACAGACCAUCCAAACAGUUCCCUGCCUUUGAAGAAUUACAUGAAGCUCUUGCGGAUUUGAUCUCUGGGCUGCUGCAACCCAACCCGUCAUCGCGGUUUGGGUUCGUUGAGGUCGUGAAUCAUAAAUCGUUUUUGUGCAAAGCCGGCACGUCAGAAUUCUUAGAUGUAUACUCUCGCGCGCUUGAGCGCAAAGAAGUUCCAUCUUCGCUGCCAGACUUACGAUGUGGUCGAGAGACCAAUGCAGCGGAGAUCUGGUUUCGCCAACCUUCUUGGGAGAAACCGCGCGUUCCGAAUGUGGACUGGGUCAAGCCGGCGCUUCUUUCUCCGUUCUUAUGA